UCCGCCCCGGGCAGGGAUGGAGCCGGGGUCGGGAUCGGGAUCGGGUCCGGGAUCGGGAUCGGGUCCGGGAUCGGGUCCGGGAUCGGGUCCGGGUCCGGGUCCCGGUCGCUGGGGCCCGGUCUCCUGCGUUCUGACGGGCGCUUCCCGCGGCUUCGGCCGCAGCCUGGCGCAGCUGCUGGCUCCGCGCUUGGGCUCGGGCUCGGUGCUGCUGCUGCUGGCGCGCUCGGCGGCGCCGCUGGCCGAGCUGGCGGCCGAGCUGCGGGGCAGCGCCGCGGGGCUGCGGGUGGAGUGCGUGGCCGCCGACCUGGGCUGCGAGCAGGGGCUGCGGCAGGCGACGGCCGCGCUGCGGGAGGUGCUGCCCUCGGGGCCGCCCGGCCGCCUGCUCCUCAUCAACAACGCCGGCUCCCUGGGAGACAUCUCCAAAUCCUUCCUGGAUCUCACUGACCCGGAUGAGAUCAACAGCUACUUUGCCUUCAACGUCACCUCGGCGCUUUGCCUCACCUCCCAUGCCCUGCAAGCCUUUGGGAAGAGGCCUGGCUCCAGCAGGACCGUGGUGAACAUCUCCUCACUCUGUGCCCUGAAGCCCUUCAAGAGCUGGGCCCUGUACUGCAGUGGGAAGGCUUCCCGGGACAUGAUGUUCCAAGUGCUGGCACUGGAGGAGCCGGAUAUCCGAGUGCUCAACUAUGCCCCAGGUCCCCUGGACACGGACAUGCAGCUCUUGGCCCGGACUAAGACUGGAGACCCUGCGAUGCGGCAGCAUUUCCAAAGCCUGCAGGAGAGCAGGAAGCUGAUAGACUGCACCGUGUCAGCCCAGAAGCUGGUGACUCUCCUGGAGGAGGACACCUUCCCCUCUGGUGCCCAUGUGGAUUUCUAUGACAUCUGAGUUCCUCUCACCUCCGCCUUUGCCUUCCUGCUUUGCUCUCUGCUGAGCCUUGUGUUUGGUUGUAGAAUCACAGAGCGUUUUGUCCCUGCAUCCCUUAUCCCAAGCCCCUCUCCAGCUUUCCUGCAGCCCCUUUAGGCACUGGAGCUGCUCUAAGGUCUCCCCUUCAGGAGCCUUCUCUUGUCCAGGCUGCCCCAGCCCAGCUCUCUCAGCGUGGCUCCAGAGCAGAGCUGCUCCAGCCCUUGCAGCAUCUGCAUGUUCAUGAUCACCUUGGUGACCUUGUUUGAGUCCUGGGUGCUCUGCAGCUUUCAAGAGAAGACCUCUUGGUGCCUUAAAAUACCCCAAGUGCCCCAGUGGGAUUGAGGAGCAGUCACUGCUUUGCUGUCGCUGUGGAGCCCUCCUGGGUACCCACAAGCAGAAGGAGGGGUUUCUCAGCUGCUGGGAAUGGGAGACCAGAGGUGCCUUUUCCAAGGGUUAAAGCUCUCCUGCACAGGAGUGUGUGCGGGCCAAGGAGGUACCAAGGCACAUGAGGCCAGGUCAGAAAGCCACCAAGGGGUCUCAAAGAAUCCAACAGUAGGGUUAGAGCUGAGUGUCCCCAUGUCUGUCCCUGUUGCCCCUCAGGAGCUGUGUGCUCAGCACCUGAGCAAGUCACCAAAGAGCAAAAGAGCCAUUCCCAGAGCCCUGACUUCAUUCCCUGUCUCAGCAGUGCCUUGUCCAGACCCUCCUGCAGUCCUGGGAUGGUCUCUGGGUGAGUUCUGUGCCUUAAGACAUGGAGCAAAGCCUGUCCCUGGGGGGUUGUUGUGCCCAAAGGCAGUUGAUGGCCAGGAGAGGGAGCUGCCUGUGGAUGAGAUGUGAAUCUGGGGGGGGCUGGUGGGGUCACCAGCUUCCCUAGACCUGUGCCCAAGCACAGUACAGGUUAGAGGACACCUGAGGCACAGCCCUGACUUCAUCCCAUGCUCCU